AUGAAUGAACGAUUCACAUCCUCACCAUUGUGCCAAAUAUACGUAUAUAUAGUUGGAUCCAAAGCUUGUUCAGUCAGUAUUCAUCAUCUACUGGCAUUAAGACAUAUCGACAACACAGGUUCUUGCAAACAUGCAGUGUUCAUACUUGAUUUUCCUUGCUGUAGUAUGCACAGCACAUUCUGUUUUGACAAUGUCAUUAAAGGAGAUCAAUGAUGCUUGUAAGAAAGAGCAUAACUUUGAUGGCGAUUUAGAUAAAAUUAAUUAUAACGAUCCUGCAUUCCCAAAAGAAGCUAAGUGUACAUUGGCCUGUUCACUCGAGAAAAAAGGUAUGCUGAAAGCAGAUGGAUCCUUUGACAAAGAAAAGGAUAAGGAGGCUGUUGAAGAAAUGGUAAAAGAUGAAGAGCUCAAAGCAAAGUUGUUGGCAGCGAUUGAAGAAUGCGAUGUUACAGCGAAAGCAGAUAAAUGUGAAGCGGCUUACGAGUUUGUAAAAUGCAAGAAAGCGAAGGCUGGAUCACAUUGA